AUGGGCACCAACCUACCAUAUGCCGUCGACGCAGAGACGCCACUGAACCCCGCAGAACUUCAAGUUCUGCGCGCACAAUAUGAGAAGGAAGGGGAGAUGGUCGGCGUGCAGACCAAGUUCAACUACGCAUGGGGCCUCGUGAAAUCCACCCGUCGCGACGACCAACACCUCGGCGUCGUCUUCCUCUCCGAGAUCUUCCGCACCUCCCCCGAACGCCGUCGCGAGUGCCUCUACUACCUCGCGCUCGGCAACUUCAAGCUGGGCAACUACGCCGAGGCCCGGCGAUAUAACGACCUUCUGCUGGAGAAGGAGCCCGCCAACCUGCAGGCGUCGGACCUGAGAACGCUGAUAGAUGACAAGGUGGCCAGGGAGGGGCUGAUGGGCGUCGCCAUCGUCAGUGGUCUUGCUGUGGCGGCGGGCGUGAUUGGGGGGGUGUUGAUGAGGAAUAUGGGGCGCAAGCGAUGAUGGACUUUUUUUUGAAUCAAGGGCAGGAAUCAAGUCAGUGCAGAAAACUCGGGUUAGGAAUGAGGGCACCAUCAUGCCUAGGGCACGUUUCCUGAGGGAUGUCAUGAACGCGUGGUUGGCGGGCAGGGUGUUAUGAAGACACGUCACGGUCAAGUUUUCCCCUCAAUAGUAUUCAGCAUUGUAUAUGAAGCGUCUUGCUUUUUUUUUU